UUUGCAGAGUCAUAAACAGAGCGCCUGGUCUUAAACUAGUGGUCCAAACACUACUAUCAUCGCUGAGACCCAUCGGAAACAUAGUAUUGAUUUGCUGUACAUUUUUCAUUAUAUUCGGUAUAUUAGGAGUUCAGCUAUUCAAAGGAAGUCUAUAUUAUUGUGAGGGACCAAAAGCCAAAUACGUUAGAAAUAAAACUGAGUGUAUGUCCGACCCUAGGAAUCGUUGGCUUAAUAGGAAGUAUAACUUUGACAACUUGGGACAGGCAUUGAUGUCGCUGUUCGUAUUGUCAUCAAAGGACGGUUGGGUAAACAUAAUGUACACGGGUUUGGAUGCGGUGGGUGUGGACCAGCAGCCCAUCGAGAACUUUAAUGAGUGGCGGUUACUGUACUUCAUAUCGUUCCUGCUUUUGGUGGCAUUCUUUGUGCUCAAUAUGUUUGUGGGAGUAGUCGUCGAGAACUUCCAUCGAUGUCGUGAAGAACAGGAGAAGGAGGAGAAGGCCUUCCGUGCGGCCAAAAGGGCCCGAAAGCUCGAGAAGAGACGCAAAAAGAUGAGAGAACCUCCAUAUUUCAUCGGUUACGGGAGGACCCGGCUAUUCGUGCAUAAGAUAGUGACGGGAAAAUACUUUGAUUUGAUAAUCGCUGCUGUGAUAGGGCUUAAUGUGGUCACAAUGUCUUUGGAGCACUACCUCAUGCCUCUCGAACUGGUGUACACGUUGAAGAUGUUUAACUUCGUGUUCACCGGCGUAUUCGUGAUCGAAGCCAUUAUGAAGGCUAUGGCUCUGGGGGUCCGGCGUUACCUCAAAGACAAAUGGAAUCAAUUGGAUGUCAUAAUUGUGAUGCUCUCCAUACUGGGCAUCAUUCUCGAGGAAAUGGAGUCUACGCUCAUACCCAUCAACCCGACAAUCAUACGUGUGAUGCGAGUCAUGCGAAUCGCAAGAGUGCUCAAGUUGUUGAAGAUGGCUAAAGGGAUCCGACAGCUGUUGGACACCGUUAUGCAGGCCUUACCACAGGUCGGAAAUCUGGGGCUUCUCUUCUUCCUCCUGUUCUUCAUAUUCUCUGCGUUGGGAACCGAACUCUUCGGACGAUUAGAAUGUAAUGAAGACAACCCAUGUCAGGGAUUGGGUGAGCAUGCACACUUCCAGAACUUUGGAAUGGCUUUCCUCACGCUAUUCCGUGUGGCCACCGGUGAUAAUUGGAACGGUAUUAUGAAGGAUACAUUACGUGACAAAUGCGACGCCACUGAGGACUGUCUGGUGAACUGUUGCAUAUCGGCGAUCAUAGCCCCCAUGUAUUUCGUGGUGUUUGUACUGAUGGCUCAGUUUGUUUUGGUGAAUGUCGUGAUCGCUGUACUCAUGAAACACUUGGAAGAGUCGCACAAACAGAUGGAUGAGGACGAAGACUACGAGAUAGACCUCGAGAUCGCCAAAGAGAUGGAGGCCGAGCAGAGGGCCCUCCGGGACGCCAUCGACCGCAAGAAACGGGAGCGACAGCUGAAUAUACGGCGACCGCUCACGAAGAUGGCAUCCCUUCCCAACAAUUUCCAGUUUUCCUGCGAAGAGCUCGAUGUUAGUGAUAGCGAUGAUGAGGGCGGGGGUGAGGGGGCGCCAGAACCCAGACCUGAGCCCCAGACCAUGUCCUACAGCAGGAGCUCUGAAGGCUUGAUAUUAACGAUCGACUCGAAGGCUGUGGUCAAUGAUAGAGAUGACAAUCCCGUGAAGAAUGUGUGGCAAACAUCGGGUGAUAAUAAUAAUAGACAUCCAGUGAUAACCAUCGAGAGUGACGGCGACCACGAGUUGGCCGCGGAUGACGCGACAGAGGUGCGGUCACCGCCACCCGAACUACUGGUUCCCAAACAGGUGUACAGAAAGUUCUCGGACUUUAUGGACGAAGAGUCGACACAACUGUCCCAAUGUCUGCAGCCGUCGUAUCCGGAA